AUGGAUCGUCGUGGUUUGGGUUGUGGAUUUCCGAAGGUUGAUCUUAUCGAUCUAGGUUUUGUUGAGGUUGAUGUUGUCAAGGUUGAUACUGUUGAGGUUGAUAUUGUGGAUGUUGGUUUUGUGGAUGCUGAUAGUUGA